UGGGCAAAUGCCUGUCAGUGUCGUCGGAGACUCCGUUGUAGGGAGACGUGUUUCGUUUCUGUAGUUCGCGGCCGGCUUGCGCGAGUGCUAAUCGAAUGUGUUACUAAAGUGAAGUAAAAAAAACAUGUGCUUUUAAAUUUCGAGUGACGUAGUGUUGUACUGAUUUUUUCCUUUUUCCCGGAUUUGAAAGGUUCGAUGACCUGGCUUCGUAGGUCAGUACUGGCCAUGUAGACCUGAACUUUACGAUCAAGACGGUUAGACGAAGAUAAAAGCUGACGAUGUGGUCUGGGAAGAAAGGCACAGAGACGGGGACAGCUGGCACUCCGACGGCUGAGGAGGAGAUCAAGAUAGUACUCGUGGGAGACACGCAGUGCGGAAAGACCACGCUCGUCCAGAGAUUCGUAUCCGAUACUUUUAUAGAUACCUACACACCGACUGGAUUUGAAAAAUAUGGCUACACGUGUACAGUAGCAGACUAUAGAGUAAAUUUCUCCAUUUGGGAUACCUCAGGCACAACAUCGUACGACACAGUGCGGCCCCUGGCCUAUCAGGACGCGAAGAUCUUCAUGCUGUGCUUCAACAUAGCCGAGCCAGAAACCUUACACAGUGCCGCAGCCAAGUGGUACAGGGAAGUCCGCACGCAUGGCGGUGCGGUACCAGUACUGCUGUGUGGCUGCAAGGCCGACUUGAGACAUGACAAGGAGACCCUCACCAUGCUGUCCAAACUGAAAGCCCACCCAGUCACCAGCGAAGAGGCUUUAUCAGUAGCAAGGCAGCUGGGAGCGACAACAUAUGUGGAAACAUCAGCCCGGGCCUCUAGCAAAGGGGUCAAAGACGCCUUCGAAGUGGCCGCGCUGGCAGCCCUGGGCAAGUUGAACAAACAGCAGAUGAAGCAGCAGAAGCAAGUGGGACGCAGCAAAAGCAAACGAGACCUGAAAGCUGAGCUCAAAGGACGUGCGAAGAGCUGCUGCGUCAUGUGAUCCGUGGCCGGCCACCCUUCGCGGUGGCCGCAUGACUGCUAGGUGACCACCGCCUUCUAGAUUAUUCCAGAAGAUUCCACAAAACCACCUUUAUUAACCAAAAAUUUGGAAUAAAACGAGAUGGGCCUAGAAUCGCUCCUUGCGAGACUCCUAAUGAGAAAAUAUUAUUGCUGUUUCAGUUUUGAAGAAUAAAACAAAUUUUCGCUGCAGUACUUUAAAAGUGAUUUCGAAAUUAAAAUAAAUUGUCGAUAAUAUUCGAACUACGAGUGACUACGCGAUGUCGAAAGCAUUAUUGAACUCUUAAGAUUUAAGUGUAUUGAAAUAGUGGGAGUGGAACUUAGUUCGUGAAAUCGUUUACGGACUUCUUACUUAAGGUAUCAGUGAAACAAGGGUGCAAUGUAAAAACCCCCAGGGUUAGAGCGUAAGCCUGUGAUAAUGUAAAAAUAAAAAUGAAGUGUGUAAAGUUUAGAUUAUCGAAAAUUAGAAAGGCAAUUAUACGCUCAGAAUCCAUUAAAUAAAAAAUAUCAUUCGACAUGGGAUGGAAUUAUUUAACUAAGUAUUUACAACGUAAUGCUAAAUUGUAAAAAAAAAAGCAUAUUAAGUAGACAAAUGAGUGUUUUCAUAUACAUAAUUAAAUAAAAUACCUACUUGAUGUUUUUCUAUAACCGUAGCGUAAAAUUGACGUAUAUAAAAUAUUUAAAAUGCUCCAACGUUUUUUGUGUAGGACCAAUGUUUUAAUUUACUUUAAAAAAAUGAGGCUUCUAUAGAUUGUAAUGGAGAUUAAUACUAAAACUUUAUUUGUGUGGUUAAAAACUACCGCAAAAUUUCCUUUGUGAUAUGUUUACAUACGUAAAAUGUAAUUUAAAAUGCACAAUUGUGGACAAUACUAAAUUACGGAGGUCCAUUGGCUAGGUAGUUCCGUGGCCAAUGCAAUGUUAGUGUUUAGAUUUUUUACAAUUUGUGAAUGAAUGUUGCUUAAUUCUUUGAUAGCAUAAGCUGUUAGAUAUAUAUUUUCUUUAAAGUUGGCUUUUGAAAUGGAAAUCAUAAUUUUUGCGUACAAUUUAGGUUUUUAGUUGGUGUAUAUGAAAUACCUUGUUACAUGUUUUAAACACUUACUGAUGAAGAAAAACCCUCAAUAAAAAAACUUUUAUAUGGCCUAGAUUAGUAAUACGUUAUUUUGUAUCCAUCUCUUUCAGUAUUUAGUAUUUAAAGAACGGGACAAAACGAAGAAUCUAUUACAGGCCUAUAUACAUAAAGAUUUUGUUAUUAAUAAAAGGGUAGAUGUAUUAAUGCGAUUGACUUUGGCUGGUUCAGCUUUCAAUUUUAACAUCAUAUGUCACAUAAAAUAAAAAAAUAUGAUUACGUCCUGAAUGAAUUGAAAAUAAAUCAUUAUCAAAAUAUUUAGUUUGGUAAAUUAUUUAAAAAAAGGUUUAUUAUAUAAGUAAUCAAGCUUUAAAUUCAAUGUUAGCUUUAAUUAUUGAGUAAAAGUUAUUAUAAUAUUUAUAUUAAAAGAAAUAGUACCUACUUACUUAUAUUUCAAUUUAAAAUUAAUUUUAUACUUUAAUGAAACCUUUCCACAUAUCAGAUUAAGUUUCUUAAUUUUAAAUGACUAUAAGUUAAAUUUAAUCCAUUUAUGUAUUUUUUCUUUCUACGAACAAUGUGUUAAAAUAAAUAACGAAGUUUUAACUUUAGCAUUGUUAAUUCCACUAGGCCACUUUGGAUGUUGUUUCUAGACUAUUAAAUAUAGUGUUCUGUGUUUUGAAA